AUGUCAAAAAGUGCCACUGAGCAAUAUCAAAUCAAAAAGAAGCGAAAACACAACAAAAACAAAGCAAGUAGCAACCAAGUGAAAAACACAAACAAAAUCUCUAAAAAUCAAAUUAAAAUCAAUAACAAUAACAACAAAUACAAAGUGUACAGUAACAACAACAAAAAUCCAAUCAUUACUGGCGGCGCUUUAAUAAAACAAUUAACGCUCACUGAAAUUUGCCUGCAGCAGCAGCAGCAACAACAAAACCAACAUCAAUUUACUUUGCCACACAACUACAACGGCAUAAAGUUAUUGGCAUAUCCAGAGCAAGCAAUUGUCCGCAUCGCCAACGUCGAGAACGACGUUGUUGUGACGCAUCUGUGCGCGCAGUGCAAUAACCUCCACGUGAACACCGCCUCCGCACGGCAGUGUUGCAUACGUGACCUCGCUCGGGUGGUGUUACCCCACAGCGCGCACACAAGAAAGCACAGCUACAACAGCGACAUCAACGCUAGCGCUAACAACAACAACAACAACCGCAAUCUUUUCAGUACAAGCAAACGCAAAGCCAGCUGCAAAAUGCCACUUUCGCAAGGCUUAUCCGCCAAAGUGUGCGGCGGCGCCGUGAAGCGCACCGCCGCCAAGCCUGCGCUUCCCCGCCAAGUGGAGGCGGCCAAGCGCAGCAAAUCCGCCACAGCGGAUCGCUUCGCGCAUCUCAAUCCGCAACACCAUUUGCAUGCGCGCCAAAAUUACAGCAACGCCGCGAACUACAGCAAUAAGUGCGUUAAGGGUAAUAACGGCAAAUUUGCCGCUGCAUACAAACCCGCAACAGCAUUAGGAUCCCAUUCGCAACUUUUAGCCGCUGGUGUAAAUUACGCGCCCGCUAUCGCGCUCACGCCCAGCAACAAUUUGCAGUUUUACUAUCUGUUGGCCGAGUCUCUGACGCGCUACGGCAGCCUACUGGAGGCCUUCGAUGUCUACGCAUUUAUCGCCAGCGAGCAGUUGGAUAGCUGCAUACCGCUGGAUCGUCUCAAUACAUUCGCGAGCGCACUGAUCACGUACGUGCGUCAAAUGGGCGCGCAAUCGGAAGGAACUGCUACGGAAAUAGUUGCGGCAGCAGCACAGGGAGUGAGAAAUUUCUCCGAAAGUACUGCGCUCGAGUCGGCGCUGAAAGCGAAGUAUGCGCGCAACGCGGCCAGCUGGAGUGGCGCCGCAGGUGGCGUGCUAUGUGGUGUCACCGCCAACACGCCGCCGGUGCCGGAUGCUGUAGUUGGCGCGGGACUGUCGGACAUGCAUUCGCCUACGCGAGAACUAUUACGUGUGCCAAGCCCGACGCAGAGCCAAGAUUAUGAUCCGCUGCUUUGUCCGCUCUGCAGCGACAUUUUGCGUUGUCCGGUGACCACAAAUUGUGGCCACACUUUCUGUCGGCAAUGUUGCGAAACCAUAACGCAGUGCAAUAUUUGCCAUGUGAAGUUUCCGCGCAGCAGUCUGGACGACUUCGUAUCCGAGGUAUCGAGUGGCAUUGCGCGCAACUAUACGAAUACGUCCAGCACGACACUCACAACGCUUACAACGGCAACAGUGUUCUCACCGUCGAUGGGCGUAAGCUCUGCAUCCACCGCAAACGCAUACAUAAUGCCAUCCACAAGUGCUGGAUUGUCAACAGCCGCUAAUCCUACAGCGAAUGUCAACCGAAAUGCGGCUAUCUCAGCUGCCUCGGGCGUUCGUGCAAUGGCGCCGAGCAGUGAUAAUCCUUUGCUUAUGCGACGCUUGCAAGCACGUAAUAUUGCGGCCGGCAGUAGCGCAAGCUUCGGAACCACUGUUGCACCAAGUCGUUUGCAACUGACGCCAGUGGCCGCGCCGCUACCCACAGUGACGACAGCGACCGUUGCCUCAACAACGGCUACAGCCACUACGACUAUGGCGUCUUCGACAUCCGGUGGUGGUGGUGGUGGUGGUGGUGCAGCUGCGGCCUCAAUAGUUGGUACGGCAGUAAAUAUGAAAUUCAUGCCGGACGUGCUGGUGCGUCGUCUGGUGGAAAAGUGGUGGGGCGCCGACCUGCAGGCGAAGAAGAAUAACGAAACCGCGGCCAGCUACAUGCACAUGAACUUGCUCGACGACGCGUUGAAAUUCUGCAAUGCCAGUUUAGAGAAAUCGCCCGCAAAUUUCAAGAGUUUACUACUACGCGCCGAAGUUCUGCGUAAACUAAAUCAUUUCCAGAGCUCACUGGCCGAUGCUGAGAACGCAUUAAAGACGCGCUACACAUCAGCGAAGGCUCACUAUCUACGCGCACUGGCGCUGAGUGAUUUGGGUCGUUGCGAUGAGGCGCUCUACGACAACUGUUUGGCCAUAUGUCUCGACAAGGAUACACUACUCACUAGUUCGGAACUUUUUCAACAUGAUCUCGCAAAGAAUUUGCAGAAACUCCUCGCCCAAACUCCGAAAAGUAAAUCGCUGCUUCAGCGUACCUUCAGCUCAGGUUCCGCCAUUGCCGCUGUUCCUUACAAGCUGCUCACGGCCGAGCAACACUUGCGCCGGCGCAAAGAAAUCGCACUGCUCAGCAAUGCCAAUGGCGAUAAUUUAAGUUCCAUCGACGACGAAUUUAUACCGUACGACAGUAAAUGUGAUAUUAUCGCGGAUAGCGAUUACUUGGCCACUACGGAUGGUGCCAUCGCUGGCGGUGGUGGUUUCGGUGGUGAUGCUGGCAGCGGCGCUAAUAUUACCGAGUACAUAUCGGGUAUCGGCGACACGCUCAUGGAUAAGCGUUUCUCGAUUUACGCGGGGAUGGAGAAGCACUUUGACAUUGAAUUACGUCGACAAACGUCACGUAAGCAUUUCCGCCGGAAAUGGACGCAAAAAGAAACGGAGCUGAUGCCUACAUUGAAUUCGACGUUGGAGGAGGUGCACUACAGCGUGCUCUUCCGCAACACCUUGGUCCGGGUGCAGCAAGAGUUGCAGCGGCUGAAAAAGCUCGAUUUGGUAAAUGGCGCACCGCAGAAACCGUUACUACAAGUGCCCGCCGGUCUGGUGGAUGCCAGCGAUUUCGAUUGUGUGCUGUGUUGCCGUACCUUCUGGAAGCCGGUGGUGACACCCUGUGGUCACACUUACUGCCGGGUAUGCUUGGAUCGUUGCAUGGAUUACACCUCCUCGUGUCCAUUGUGCAUGUCGCCACUUGUGGAACCAAAUGUCAAUACCAUGUAUCAGGGCUCAUCCUCGCCCGUUCCCUUCAUUGUGGCCAAGCGGCCAGUGACCAAAUUCCUUGAAGCCGCAAUGAAACGAUUCAUUCCAGACAACUACGAGACGCGUUUCCGCCAGGAGAUCGACCUGGAGCCCUCGGUGCCGGUCUUCAUCUGCACAACCGCCUUCCCUUAUGUGCCAUGUCCGCUGUUUGUCUACGAGCCGCGCUAUCGACUAAUGGUGCGACGCGCCGUGGAAUCAGGUGAGAAGCAAUUCGGCAUUGUGCAGCCAAAUAGCGGUAAAUCGCGCUACUUUGACGUUGGCACGAUGCUCGACAUACGCGACUGUGUGCUGCUCGGCGACGGCUGCUCCAUCCUCAGCACAGUGGGCUGCAAGCGUUUCAAGAUUUUGGCGCGCAACGAGAAGGAUGGGUACGAGACGGCCAAAGUGGAGUACAUUUACGAUGAGACGAUACCCGACGAGAUGGUUAAGACGGUCAACAACAUGCACGCAAUCGUGCUGGGCAAGGCGAUUGAUUGGUUCGAAAGUCUCAGCACCGAGCUGAAACAAGAGAUACUGCAGAGUUUGGGUGAGAUGCCGGCUGUGGAGGAAAACUGGGAGACUAUUGCCGAUGGGCCAGCGUGGGCUUGGUGGAUCAUUGCGCUGCUGCCGCUCAAUCAGCAACUGAAGGUUGACAUUCUAGCGACGACUUCGUUGGAGAAGAGACUGCGCGCCAUCGAAAAGACUCUCGACUACAUGUCCGGCACACUGCGGCGCGCGCAGCAGCAUGACUGUAGUGUGGUCGUGCCACAACAACAGCAGCAACAACAACAGCUGCAGCAGGAACAGCAGGAAGAAUGCGAAAAUGAGUUGUUGCAAUGUGAUGAGUGCUGUCAACGCACAACAACCAACGCGCUGCGAUCUGUCAACGGCGAGCCGCAUCAUCAUCAUCAUCAUCAUCACCACGCGAGCAGCAGUGAGCAGCAGUUGUUGUUGUAGUGUUGCAACAGUGACAGCGGCGGGGAAGUAUUGAGGAGCACAAACGAUGCUGGGGAGAGAAGAAGAAAAAGGAAAAUGCAAAUAAAGCGGAAAAGCAAACGAAAAAGGCGAAGAGAGGGAGAGGCAAAGUGUGUGAGAGUAAAGUGCGCCAUAAACACGGCAUAAGGUCAAACAACAAACACCAAAAGCUUUAAAUCAUUUCAAAAAUGAAUUAAUAAAUACACUCUAAACUAAAAUUAACCAAAUAUGCGAUCGGCGCAUGGCGCAUGCGUCAACACGGCGCGGCGCCGAAUACACAAGCAGAUGCAAAGAUACACAUCUAAAGGGCACGCACCCAAAAUUAGGGCAUAUGUGUACCGUUAUUUGCGAUCUACAACACUAUGUGGCAGCCCUGUAAGAAUGCCAGACUUAGAUUUACAUAGUUUUUUUCUAAUUUGUAAUUGUUUAAUCAAUUGUAUAUGUAUGUGUGUGUAAAUGAUAAUAGCUAAAGAAAGUUUAAUUCUUAAGCAAUUGUGUAAUGAUGGAGGAGAAAAAAAACGAGCUAAAUGUUGCCUAGGCAGUUCUAGAAAUUUAA